AUGGAGACGGCUUUACUCAAAGUUGAUGAACACAGAAUCCUUUUACCAGUCAAGACCAAGGUUGCACCUUUUCAGGAAGUCACAGAUAAAUGUGUUUUAGUCACGUGCCUGACAUGCAACUACAAAUCCAACACCAUUGAACCAUUUUGGGAUCUUUCACUGGAGUUUCCAGAGCGUUAUCAUUGUCUUCAGAAGGGUGCUACUCAGCUUAAAGAAUGCACUCUGACGGAAAUGCUGGCAAAGUUUACAGAAACAGAGGCUUUGGAAGGGAGGAUUUACGCUUGCGACCAGUGCAACAGUAAACGACGAAAAUCCUCACCAAAACCUCUCGUCCUGACAGAAGCUCAAAAACAACUAAUGAUAUACAGACUACCUCAGGUCCUCCGUCUGCACCUUAAAAGAUUCAGCUACUGUGUUUUUAGGUGGUCUGGCCGCAACCAUCGUGAGAAGAUAGGGGUGCACGUCAACUUUGACCAGGUAUUAAACAUGGAGCCUUACUGCUUCAGGGACUCUUCCUCCACUCUUGGCAAGGAAAGCUUCAUAUACGACCUCUCAGCUGUGGUGAUGCAUCAUGGAAAAGGAUUUGGCUCAGGACACUACACCGCGUACUGCUACAAUACAGAAGGAGAGUUUUGGGUCCACUGUAAUGACUCUAAGCUAAAUGUGUGCAGUGUGGAGGACGUGUGCAAGACCCAAGCCUACAUUCUCUUUUACACUCAAAGAACUGUGCAGAACAGAGUGGGGUUUGUCACAGACAUGCAUUCUGAACCUCAGGUGCCAACCAGAAAUACAGAGAAGAACAGGAGACUGACCUUCCCCUAGCAUGGGAUGCAAAAACCAUUAUUGGAAUUCACUGAAACCAUCCAGCGUCAACCAAUGGGAACCAUGUUGGGGCUGAUCAAACACUGAUGUGUUCUCAUGUGGGCUACACAUGCCCUAGGGCUCGUUUACUGAAGCAUAUAUAGCCUUCCUAUGCAUAAUAUGGUAGGGUAUAAUUCCGUACUUGUCAAUUAAAAUGGUUUUUUUCAAAGUGUCCAACUGUCCCAGGUCAGAUGAUGUGGGCGUAUACGGUAUCAACGUUCUUGUUGCAAAGGUUUUUUUCUCCCCUCCAGGUAGUACACCCAUUGUCAUCAUUCAUGUUGCUGGCUGUUCUUGAGAUGCAACCAUAUCUGAUACUUGCUUUCAUCCUUUAACUCCCAGAAGGUGCCUUUGUUUGCCACAUGAUUCACUGACUAAACACAGGUACAUGUGUUUAACCCAUUCUCAUUGUGUACUGGAUGCAGAAUCGUUUAUUCCCUGUGGUGCAAUAGCAAGCUAAGCUUGAACUGAUUCACUAAUUCUGCAUUUUCACAUUAUGGCCAGGGCUGUUUCACGUUUGCACUGAUCCUUCACUAAUUAUUUCAGGCUCCAUAGUACCAGCUAUGAUUUGCCACUAAUGCUGCGGAACAGUAAAGAAACCACAAGAGAAAUCCUUGUCCCUUUGCUCCCAUUUUAUGAUUUUGUACUUUAUUUAAGUGUAAGGACUCGUGCUGUGAAGAAUUACUGACACAACACCAGUCUCAUCAUUGAAAAUAUUCACUGGCUUGUAUGAAACCUAACAGGAUGCUCAUUUUCUGAUAAUGUAAAUCCCUCCGUUGUGGGUCUGAUAGAUUCAGAACACAUGAUUCUUAGGAGUUAAAGCAGCCAUAGUGAUUCAAUGCACUUCUGCUGCAAACUCUUCCUGGCUUGCGCUUUUGUCUUUGGAUUUUGUAUGAGGGUAGAAAUUGUUAGUGUUUUCAGCCAAGCCCUCGUUUUUAGAUAGUAUAUGCAUAGCUGAUCAUGCAACAAUAACAUGGCAGCUUCGGAAAUGUAAGUUACAACAUUUGCAACAAUUUCAAAAUAAAUGUGGGCGAUUAAAUAA